AUGUCCUGCAGAAGAACCAACAACAUCAACGGCCCACGCUCUCCCCGGCGAGAUCUUAAUUGUCUUCACCAGCCCAGUAGACCACUACAUCGCCCCGAACUUCUACACAGAGUCCAACCCGCCACAGGCAGGGUCGCUCCGACGUGGAAUUACACCGCGGUGCAGGUCUACGGUCGGGUGACUAUAUACAAUACGAAAGACGAGCAAACUGAGCUGUUUCUACGUCCACAGCUGGGUGAUAUAGCCCGGCUUGGAGAAGGGGGAGUAAUGGGGUUUCAAGAUGAGUCUGGGUUGGGAUCGGGAUCUGAUGUCAAACACAGGGGAGUUGGACGUGGAAUUGAGAAUGGGAAUGGGUUUCCACAGGACCGGAGCCCAGAUCGAGAGAUGAGUCAGGGGUGA